AUCUCACUAAUUAGGUAGCCUGUCUGAAGAGUUGUGCUAAUUAGAAUUAGAUAUGAUUAAGUGAAUGAUUGGAAAAAAAUAUGUGGUAGGACUUCUGAAGCCGGACUUUAACGUGUCUGUUUUUUAUUUAAAUUACUGGUAUUCACACCCCUAGGGCACUCUUCCUGCAGGAGUAAGGGAAAGCAGUUUAGACCUAUCAGAAAUGUCUGGAAUUGAUGGGGGUGAAAGACAACGUGGACAAAGAAGUUAGCGUUGACUGGUGUCGUAGGCCUAUUUAACGAGCCAAGUAAGAGGAUGGCAUCUUACCCACGCUCAUCUAAGAAGAGGUCACUACCUGAAUUGGACCUCACUUGUCCAGUUUGCUAUGACAUUUUCACGGAUCCCGUAAUUCUUUUGUGCAGUCACAGUAUCUGCAGAGACUGUCUGGAGCAGUUCUGGAGCUGGUUUAGCAAUAAAGUUAAACGGUGUCCAGUUUGUAGAAAAAGAUCAUCAGUGGAGAGUCCAGUACUGAACUUGUCUCUGAGGAACCUGUGUGAGGUUUUCCUGAAGGAGGAGAGUCUGAGGGAUGUGGAAAUGCUCUGCAGUCUGCACGAGGAGAGACUUAAACUGUUCUGCCAGGAGGAUAAACAGCCCGUAUGUCUUGUGUGUCAGACUUCCAGGAAACACUCGGGCCAUACAUUUCUUCCCAUAGAUGAAGCUGCACAAGAUUAUAAGAAACAACUCAAGGCUGUUCUGCUGCCUUUACAAGAGAAGCUGAAAAAAUAUGAAGAGGUUAAAAAGACAUGUGUUCAAACAGCCAAUCAUAUUAAGGCCCAGGCCCAGCAGUCAGAGAAGCAGAUCAAGGCGGAGUUUGACAGGCUUCACCAGUUUCUAGAAGAUGAAGAAGAAACUAGAAUUGGAGCCCUGAAACACGAAGAGGAGCAGAAGAGUCUGGUGAUGAAGGAGAAGAUCGAUGAGAUGAGCAAGGCCAUAUCCAUUCUUUCAGACAAAAUAACUGCCAUUGAGAAGCAGAUGGUUGCUGAAGACGGAAUCUUCUUGCAGAACUUCAAGGCUACUAUGAAAAGUUCUCAGUGCAUGCCGCAGAAUCCAGAGAGCGUGUCGCUGUCGGGAGCUCUGAUUGAUGUGCCGAAGCACCUCGGCAACCUGAAGUUCAGAGUCCGAGAGCAUGGAUCAAUACAUUCCAGUAAUUCUGGACCCAAACACUGCACACCCAUCACUCAUCAUUUCUGAGGAUCUGACCAGCUUCAGAAGACGUCAUGCUGCACAGGCACUCCCCAAUAACCCAGAGCGAUGCUGUCUCUGGGAGUGUGUCCUGGGCUCUGAGGGCUACAGCUCUGGGUCUCACUGCUGGGAUGUUGAGGUUGUGAAUAGCAACAACUGGGAUGUGGGUGUCACCACGGAGUCCAACUGGAAGCGUUUCUCAUGGGAGGAAGUGUGGUGCGUCGGGUACAGGGAAUGUGGGCUCCAUUACCCCGGGCCUGUGCAUGUAAUUGAACAGAAACUCCACACCCUCAGAGUGCACCUGGAUUUGGACAGGGGGCAGUUGUCAUUCUUUGAUGCGCUACAAGAUACUCACGUACAUACUUUUGAACACACGUUCACUGAAAAGGCUUUUCCCUUCUUUUACCUCCUGGACAACCAUACAAUACGAAUUUUACCAUUGAACAACAGUCAUUAAACAAUGCAAUUAGACACUCGGUGCCAUAAGACACAGAAAAGAUAACAGGAUUAAACCAAAGAAAAAUCCAUUGUGUUAGCUUAGCUAUAUGGCCUUAGAUCUUAUUGAGCAAUAUCGCUACAUACACUAAAUGCUGCAUUUGUACAUUUUAUAUACAUGCGCUUCAUCUAGUGGUUGUAUGUUACAUACAUUAAUAGCACUACAUAAACUAAAUGCUGCAGUUAUACGUUAUAUACACCAAUACGGUGGUUCUCAAACCGUUCCUCUCAUUUCCCAUUUGGGAGAAGGUUGGAAGUCUUACUGUUGUCCUUUGCCCCAACAAAAUGAUGUCAAAACGUUAUUUCCGCACUAUGCAAAAUUUCCUACCAGUUCCUUGGGUCUGAUAUUUUUUUUUUUGUUAAUAUGUAGGCCUAAUAAUUACCUAAUUUGUGUGUGAUUGUUUUGUUUUGAUCUAUUGUCAUUAUUUCUGAUAAAAUAAGGCAUUAAUAAAGAUAGGUGGUCCAACAGACUCCUAAUAAAGGAGCUUGUUUAAAGCACGACAUAUGACCAGAAUCUGCUUGGUGUGUGUCAAGUGAUAAAUGACUGUUGCAGCACAAACAGAAGAUGCUGUUUGCUGCCGGUGAUCAUGUCUGCUGUCAUAUGCCCUGACAGAUACAGAUCACUCACACCAUAACCAGCCAUACAGUAUAUUGUCACUGCUGCUAUAGUCAUAGUCCUGAGUUCUUGUAUUUAGUUACUAGUUUUGGACGUUUAGUUUGUAGCUCUCUUGUGUCUUUACUUGCUGUCAUUCACUUCCUUUGUUAUACCAACAAUUCAAUUUCAUGUUUAAAGCUACAUUGUGUUAUUUCUUGAGUUGAUUCUUUGCCAGAAUAAAGGUUUUCCUUCAAAAACA